AUGACCGGAUGGGUGAUCAGCGACGAGGAGGGCAAGGAGUACGUCAUGGGGGGGGAGGGCUGCGAGGGGGUGCACGUGGUCGAGGGCAAGGGCUACCUGGUGCUGUUCAGGGACGCCCAGUGCUCGUUCUCCUUCGGGUACAAGAAGAACGACCAGGCGGUGCUGAAGGACGCCAGCGGCCUCCAGCUGGACAUUGCUCAGUGGUCCGAGGGCGACGCCGAUGAAGGCUUCUCCUGGUCCAGGGUCCCCGACGGCAGCGGCGCCUUCCAAACCAGCCUGCCCACUCCGGGCGUCGAAAACGUCGCGGCCUGA